UCCCUCUCUACAGCUCUACCAAUGGCAAGUGUUGCUUCCUCGAAAUCUCUGCAAUAUCUGCUCGCCGAGGUGCUACCGAAGGAUGUGUCUUUCACCUUCUACCACUACUCGACGCCGCCCUCAAGAUCUCCGGCCCUGUACUCGGCACCACCGAAUCGAAAGCCUGAACGAACGUACUGCGAAUCCCAUUUUCUCGCCGCGUCAAUAGCUCCGAGAGAUGGAAAUGCCGCUGGUGCGCCCGAGGAAUUGCUCAUUCUUGCCAUUGAGAUCUUGAUAUAUACUACAAGACACCUUACCACCAUAUUCGUCUCGAAAGCGGACUCGACAGGCUGUAUCUCCGCUCUCAACCUCCCCCGAUCACACGCCGGAUCGCCGCUAAAAGCAAUUUGUGGGACAUUUGUGUCAUGGCUGGCACGGGAGAGACAGAGAGAGGGGAAGAAAUUGGUGGUUUCACUGUUUGCAAGGGCACAGGACCAGUACCUUUUCCCGGGCAGCAUUGACAAUUCGAAUAAGCAUGUCUUAGACGAUAGAGGGCUUGUAAAAUGGUGGUGCAGAGUGCUGGAUCCGCUGGUGAGGGACUAUGCUGCUGAGACUGAGCAGAAGUCGGUCACUGAGCGUCUUGCAGAAAGCAAGGAUGAGGCUGUGACAGGUGGAGGAUCAGUGGCAGGGAAUGCUCCCUCAAUGAAGGCUGACACCACUGCGAAAGGCUAUCUCGUCAUACCUGGCUUCGACCUCCAUGAGACUCUUCGCUACAUUCCUCUCCCGCCCUCAGAACCCCGCCGUUGGUCUGCUUCGCACCCUCUCCUUCAAAUCGCCUCUCAUCCAGGCGCUCCGCCCCGCUGUCUUGUCCCGCACUUUCCUGAUGACCCCAAAUCUAGAUAUCUAGUGGAACUCGACGAAGAGCUACCGGAUCGAGGCAGUGAUGCUAUGAUCCAGGAAGGCGGAACUCCAAGCCGAAGUAACGGACAGUGGAAAAGCAUCAAGACAUUGGAUCAAUUCUGGGAAAUGAUGGCCUUCCGCCAAGAAUGCUCUUCUGGGAGGAUUGUAGGAUUUAUUUGGGUUGUUAUUACACCUCCCAAACCCUCGAUACCUGAGGAGGACGAUGAAGAAGAAGAAUCUUCCCAAACAGUCUCCCGGACUCAAUCCCAGGGAUCAUUCAGUCUGCCAAUGUCACCCCUCAAGAGUAACCUUUCUCCCAAGAAGUCCCGGCGGAAGCCAGUCAACACCCACUCAGGCCCAAUUCCUCUCCGUCUCCCUCGGAUCAAGUCCAAUAUCUCGAAUCUCUCCACUACUUCAGGCAGCUCCGCUGGUGGGCUGUCAAAAUUCCCCCCCGAAUCCACACUGUAUUUCACUUGGCCAUGCACUUCUCGUGGCUCCGUUCUUUUCUCCAAGAGAGACUAUGAGAGAGCAAACGAGAUUCUUCUUCAGCAAAACUUUGCAACACGAACCGCUGCAGCCAAGAGCUCGAAGAGGUGGAAGGACGAAAUUGCGGUUCUAGGAGGAGUGGAAACGUGGGGCUGGACCGUUGUGGGGAAAAAGGAGAUUCCGGUAGCGCAGGGUGGUACCACUAAUGGAGUCACACCCACGUUAGUGAUCGGAGUAAGGAAGAAGAGGAAGCCAGAAGUAGACAGUGGCGUAACAGAGGCCAAUAAAGAGACGGACGACGAGAGCGCCCAGUUUCUUGGGGAUGGACUUGUGAGGAAGAAAGUCAAAGUGGAAGAUAACAACGCGAGCUCCGGCUCCGCAAAUGGUGUGAAUACCCUCACAGCAGGACUGGUGCGGAAGAAACCUAAGAGUUAAUGAAAACGGGAGAGUUUGGUUUGCCUUGGAUGGCGCGCUUUGACGGUCUGGAGAGCAUUAUGCGGCGUUUAUGUUGGUGGGUGUGAUCAUUGAUUUGGAUGGCAGCAACUGCACUUAAGGGAUAGCUUCGGAUAGCUCGGGUACCUGCAGCAUUUAAAGGAGUACCAGCUUGCUUUUGGGGAUAACAUGCAUUUGUACUCGUUGCGAAAUGACCUGUAUUUAGAGUUGUCGAUCUGAUGCGGUAAAAGCAAAGAUCGAACAAACAAACACACGGGGCUUCGGACACCGCUUUCGAACAGACAACUUACCCUCUUUCCAAGUCUCUGAACCCAAUUGAGUCCUGAAACGCCAGACACCCCAGAAACAGACCUCCGUUCACGUGACGUGAAAUUCCCAGUGCGGUGAGGUGGCCAAACUCCGCAACCUCCGAGCGAA